GGUCUAUCCCCGCCCACGUCGUCUUCCUAACCAAUCACAGAUUACGUCGAAUUGUUGUCGUACGUGUGUUGACAUCGGAGCGAAGCAACCGGGAGAGAAGCUAACCGCUAGUAACCAACGUAUCAAGAUGGAGGUGGAGCAGCUCCUGUCUCUGUCAGGCUCAGCACUGGCCCAGGCUGUCAGCUCUCUGCUGGAGACUCCUGGCCUCUACGUUUUCUCUGACAUCCUGGAGCUGCCUAAUGUCAGAGAGCUGGAGAAUGGCCCUCACGCUCCCGUGUUUCAGCUGCUGAACCUCUUCGCUUAUGGAACCUACUGCGACUACAAAGAGCGAGCGGCCUCUCUUCCAGAGCUGACCCCAGCACAGAGAAACAAACUCCGUCAUCUGUCAAUCAUCAGCCUGGCUUCCAACCUUAAGUGCCUGCCGUACUCGCUGCUCCUUCAGCAGCUCGAGCUAAAGAACGUGCGGGAGCUGGAAGACCUGUUGAUCGAGGCCGUUUACUGCGACAUCAUCCAGGGCAAACUGGACCAGAGGAACCAGCAGGUGGAGGUGGACUGCAGCGUGGGUCGUGAUCUCGGCCCCAACGAGCUCCCGAACAUAAUCAACACGCUGCAGGAGUGGUGUACAGGCUGUGAGACGGUCCUGUGUGGCAUCGAGGAGCAGGUCUCCAGGGCCAACCAGUACAGAGAGAACCAACUAAAGGUCAAAGUUCAAGUGGAAACAGAGGUCUCAAACCUACAAAAAACGUUAAAGGCCAGCGCUGCGUCUCCAUCCUCAGGCCCCGCCCCCGCCGGAGCAGCAUCCAAUCAAGAUGCAGAUCAGCCAGCAGAGCCGCGAGACCCCGCCUCCUCUCAGGAACCCCGACAGCCGGGCAAAAAGGCUUCAAAAGUGAAAGGGCUGCGCGGGAGUGGGAAGAUCUGGUCCAAGUCCAACUGAGGGGGAGAGACGAGGACGCGAGGACGGCCGCACCGAUGGGAACGGACGCUCGCUAAUUUACGGACUCAUUGGCACAUCGACAGGCGGACAGAAACCUGAAAACGACGACGCGAGCCUCUCCUCUCUGAGAGACCCGCCCCUGCAGAACAACCGCACACGUCGUCACUGGAAAUUUUGUCGUCAAAUCUAACGUUUACGGAUUCAGAAAUUAAACGCCCGGCGGGGAAGAAUGAAGUGGGCGGCGACGACGACGGCUUUGUGCACAGACUCUCAGUGUAAAUAAAAGCACUUGUAACACUCGAGGACUGAAUCGUCUGCAGUAGGAAGCUGUUGCCUUUUUGACCAGAAACCGGAUCAGUGUAUUUAAAUGUAUGUUUGUAUCUUCUGGUUUAGAUUUAAAAACAAAAAACAAACAUGUUUUCUUCUUCUUCUUCUUCUUUGCUGGGUUAAAACUUGUAUAAAAAUCAGAAUAUAAGUUGUUGGGGGAAAAUAAAAAGGAAGCUCACU